AUGUUUCGUUUAAAGAUCAAGGACGUUUUGCACCCGCCGUCAGAGAUCGGGGAAUCGCAUGUACACAGUGGCCGGAAAUGGCCCUUCUCUGCACAAAAGACAGACCCCGAGGGAUGGCGUCUGGUCGUCGAAAAGGAUCUGGGACGUCUGAUAUGGCGAUACCUACGAACUGACGAAGAACGCAACGAACUUCCCCAAAAUGCAACAUCUCGCUACUACUUGGGCCUGGAAACGUUCGCUCCUGUUCUUGACGCACCAUCGCGACCUUCAGAGACAGUAGACAAUGCUUUCCGCUUCCAUAGUCGCCUCCAGAAUGCAACUGGCUGCUGGGCGGCGGAUCUGAGGUGCAUUUUGUUUGUGACUCCCAUGCUUAUAUUUUCCUGGUAUAUCACCGGGGCGGAAAUCCCCGAAGCGCAAGCCAUUGAGCUUGUGCGGUAUUUGCUAGGAAACCAAAAUACCGAUGGAGGAUGGCCAACUUACGUGGGAGAGAAGACCUCGCUGAUGGGCACUGUGAUGAUAUACAUUGCGCUGCGAUUAAUGGGCCUCCCAGCGGAGCAUGAGCAGCUGGUCAAAUCGCGGCUCUGUUUUACGCAAAUGGGUGGACCAGUGUAUCUCCCCUGCUGGGCCAAAUUCUGGUUGUGCCUUCUUGGUUUGUAUGAAUGGGAAGGCACCGAUCCAUACCCGGCUGAAAUGUGGUUACUACCAAGAUGGGUGCCCGUCAGCCCGUGGAGGUGGUACUGUAUUCCCCGAAUGACAUAUCUCUGUAUGACCUAUCUUUCAGCUCGGAGGUUCACUAUCCCGCCAAACCCUCUCCUCGACCAGAUUCGAACGGAGAUAUUUGCCGGUUCGUACUCUUCACUCGACUUCGCCUCCUUCCAGGGCAAGGUCGUCGCUUGCGAGCGCCAUCAGCACAAAAGCUGGGUUUUGAAGUCGUUGAACUGGGCCCUGGUCAAUAUCUGGAAUCCGUACUUCCGCACCGAGAGCAUGGCUCAACGCGGGGAAGAGACAGCGUUUGAAAUAAUUCGGCUGCAGAACAAGGCUACCAACUCGACGGGUUUGGUCAGCCUUGACCAGUUUCUGUCAAUGAUUUGCCACUUUGCGCGCGAAGGGUCGGAUUCUGAGAGCUUGCGGCAGUACCAGGAAGCCAGUCUCGAAUACCUAUGGCAUGGAGGUCAGGGAAUGCAAGCAAUGAGUAUCCACGGUGGUCACUGUUGGGAAACCUCUUUUGUUCUCCAGAGCAUGGCCCUCGCAGUCCCAGACAAGCCGGAAUUCAAAGACACUAUCUAUCGAGCAUAUAAGUUUCUAGUGGAACAGCAGCAUCUUGAGGACUGGUCGGAUUCACCGCCGUGUUUCAAAUUUAGCAGACUUGGUGGAUGGCCAUUUACCACCAAAUACCACGGAUAUUCUUGCUCAGACUGUACAGGAGAAGUACUGAAAGCAGUGCUACUAACCGAGAAACACACCGACCUUCCAAGGCUAAUGGGAGAACAGAAUACACAGCUUGCCGUUGAUAAUUUGCUCAUGGUUCAAAAUGCCAGCGGUGGUUAUAGCAGCUUCGAACCGGCGCAGGGAGGGACAUACCUUGAGCUUCUGAAUGGAACCGAAUUGUUCGGGAAGGUCAUGCUCGAGUAUGAUUACAUCGAGUGUACCUCAUCGGCCAUCACAGCAUUGGACCUAUUCAGAACUCAAAACAACAAGUAUAGAGCGCAGGAAAUAAGGGCCGCCAUUGAUAAAGGAGUCCAGUACAUCCGCCAAGUUCAGCAUGAUGAUGGAGGUUGGCUUGCAAGCUGGGGUACUGCAUUUAUCUACGGUGCCAUGUUUGCCAUGGAAGCACUAUGCGUGGUGGGGGACACAUAUGACAACAAUCCAGCGGUGAAACGAGGGUGUGAAUUCCUGCUGAAAUACCAGAGGCCGGAUGGAGGAUGGGGAGAGACAAUUGAUUCAGUAACAACCGGGGUGUAUUCACAAGCAGAAGACUCGCACACCGUCCAGACUGCGUGGAGCUGCCUUGCGCUUAUGCACGCGGCAUACCCCCAUCAGGAGCCCAUCAAGAGAGGAAUCCGUCUCAUUAUGAGCCGGCAGAAACCUAAUGGGGAGUGGCCGCAGGAAAGAGCCGUUGGGUGUGGAAUAAUGACAUGUACCCUGAUGUAUCACAAUUACAUCUAUUCUUUCCCGACUCAGGCGUUGAACAUGUAUAUGCGGAGAUAUGGAGACGACGAGGUUCUCUGA